AGAGAGAGAGAGAGAGAGAGAGAGAGAGAUGGAGUUUUUAGAUAAAGGGGAAGGAAUUGUUCUUCCGGGAUUCCGAUUCCACCCGACGGAUGAAGAGCUUGUUGGAUUCUAUCUCCGGAGGAAGGUGGAGAGGAAAUCACUUGGCAUUGAGCUCAUUAAACAAAUAGAUAUCUAUAAAUAUGACCCAUGGGAUCUUCCAAAGGUUAGUUUUAUGGGAGAAAAGGAGUGGUACUUCUUUUGUUUAAGAGGGAAAAAAUACAAGAAUAGCGUAAGGCCCAAUAGGGUAACAGGGUCUGGUUUCUGGAAAGCAACAGGCAUUGAUAAGCCAAUUUAUGGUGCUGGCGAAAAAGCUAACGAAUGCAUUGGCCUCAAGAAAUCUCUGGUUUACUACAGAGGGAGUGCAGGAAAGGGCACCAAAACCGAUUGGAUGAUGCACGAAUUUCGCCUUCCCAUCAGCACCAAAAACACCAACCUCCUCACUGCAAAGAACACUCAAGAAGCUGAAAAUUGGACGAUUUGUCGUAUUUUCAAGAGAACUAUUUCUUAUAGGAAAUACACACCAGAUUGCAACCAUGCCUUGUCUAUCAAACAGACCCCGGCUAAUACGUGUUCCAAAACAUGCAGAUUUGAGUCCGACGAUACAGAUAUAUACCCGUACUUUGGAACUUCUUCAACCAUACAACAGAUCGAGAAAAAACCUGUGAUCAACCAUAUUGAUGAAAACAAUCUGUUUUAUUCGGAUCAGUUGAGCUCCGUAGUUCAACCUCCAUUCUCAACCCUGUGUCCGACCUUUCCGAAUUCAAAUGCCAUUGAGUUCUUCAAGGAUGGGAAUUGGGAUGAGCUUGGAGACAUCAUGGAGUUUGCAGUCGAUCCAGCCCUUAUGUAUGGUUGUAGAUAUUCCUGAAUCUUGACCGACAUGAGAGGCUUGUUUUUUAAUCCUUGUUGGUAAUAUGACUGCAUGUAUAAAAUAAUACAAAAAGGAGGUUGAUAGUUUUUAUUUAAUGUGGCACAAUAUGAAGUGGAUUAUUAAGUGUUAUAAAUUAUUUCUCAUCUUCCAUGAGUUUUCA